CGGGUCUAAAACCACUCGGCUGCGCCUCGUGUUUUAUACCCGAUAAAACACUCCUGCUCGUUUAUUAAACAUUACAUAGGAGUUAUAACAGAUGGAUAGAUUUCGGACAAUACAUUUUUUUCCCAAAACAACUCAUAAUAAAACAUAAACAAAACGUGCAACGUAUCCCACCUCAGUUAUAAUAUUAAAGUGCUGUAAAAUAGAUUGAUGAUUUAUAAAUUAUUUUUAGCAUCGUUUUGGGAAGCCCUCUCAGUGCUAAUUAAUCAAUGAGAGUUAUAACAGGUGGAUUGAUUUCUGACAAUACACCUCAAUAUUUUCAUCAAAAUAACCCUAAAUAAAAAAACGUACAACUUAUGUUAUUAAACUAUAACAAAACAAAGUUGAUAAUGUAUGGUUAUUAUUAGUAUCGCCGGUUUUGGAAAGCCCUCUCAGUGCUAAUUAAUCAAUAGGAGUUACAACUGGUGGAUAAAUUUCUGACAAUACACGGCAAAAUUAGCCAAUAUAACAGAAAACGUGUAACUUAUAAAAUUAAACUGUUAUAAAAGAAAUAGGUUAUUAUUUAUAAAUUAUUAUUAGUAUCGUUUUGGGAAGUUCUUUCAGUGCUUAUCAUUCAGGAGUGAUUUCUGACAAAAGAAUAUUUGAUCAAAGGAAGCCUGCCUCAGAAACAAAAUAUGCACCUUAUAAUAUUUUAAUAUAAAAACUAAAAACUAUUAUUAAACAAAGUUGAUAAUUUAUAAACUAUUAUUAGUAUCGUUUUGAAAAGCCCUCUCAGUGCUAAUCCAUCAAUAUAAGAUAGAACAGGUUGAUUGAUUUUUGGCACUGAGCAUCAAUAAUUUAUCAGAAUAAACGAGUUAUUAUAUUUCAUUUUAGUAUACAGUCAUGAGCCAACAUAGGAUAAAUACAUUUAUUUAUACCAGAAGACUCAUUAGUACUUAAAAAUGAUCAUUAAUAUCGCUUCAGGAAGCCCUUUCARUGUUAAUCUAUCAACAGGAUCGACACCAAGUUGGUAUAGGUUUGACAUUUUGUCAACGAUCGAUUAAAAAUAACCUCACCUGAAAACAAGUCUAUUUGAAAAACCGACACAAAUUAAAGUAUUCACUCAACAAUACUACAACUAAUCAGUUACUUACUACUCCAGUCUUUAGAAACCUUCGGCAUUUACUCUAGGGGCCUUGAAGGUAGUUAUUUUUAGUGGGAGGGAGUUGUAAGAAUUUUUUCUUUGAAAAUUGGAUAGAUUAUAAUGGCGGUAGAAAUGUUCAUGAUGCGGUAGAAAUCAGAAAACGGAGUCAUGGUCCGCCGUUUUCAUUUUUUUGCCGACUCUGAGAGUGUGAAAGACCAGGGAGGACAAAAGGAAGAUUACAACCGUGAAGAUAAGAGAAAGUUAGAAGAGGCACACUUAUGGCUGAUACCGUACUCUGGAGUGAAUGGUGACGCGACAUCGACAUGGAGGACAGCUCUAAAAACAAUGAAAAACCAAAGGCUUCUCAGUUUGAGAUCGAUGUUCAUUGCUAUUUCGCCGUCCGAUUUUGCCUUGGUAAAGGAUACUUGCGUAUGAUUAAUGUGAAGUAAUUCAGACCUGUUUCUUGGGCCAGGAAUCACAUUCUCGCUUUGUUUCUAUUGCACUCUCAACGAUUUAGAUAAUGAACGCAGUUUCAUUUUAAGGUACUGCUUUACAGAGCAAGAGGAACUGAUAUGGAUGGCGUUAAAGCUUACUCCAAUUAAAGAUAAAAACGAUGGUGGAUCUAAGAAGCCAUGAUCGACUCAAGGAGUGCAAUCCUGGAUCAUCACAGUCUAUCAUCCAUAGAAAAACACCACCAACAUCAAGGAAUUCGCGCACAUGAAGAGAUAGAAGACACUGGAUAUGACUUCAAGAAUGGAUGAAAGAAAGCAUCGUGAUAAGCUGAGGCAGCCCUCAUUGGAGAUAGAGAACAUGGAGCUUAAGGCUGCGGUUGACAGCCACAAAUCUAUAAUCCAACAACUCAGAGAAGAGUUACGAGCUAACAACCAUGUUCAAGUGAAUCCUGGAGAAGGAGAACGCUUCCGGCUUGAGCAAGAAAUUUUGGAUUUACGAGGGGAUUUACAUGGAAAGGGAAUUGCUAUCAAACAAUUGAAACAAGAGUUAGUUAACUCACAACAGACCAUUGAACAGCUACACCACAAUUACGCAUGCGCACGAGGGACAAUCGAGGCAAAGGACGCGACAAUUCGCAAGGUGCAAAAAGAAAUCAGUAACCUGCAGGAAUCGCUUGAGGUCUCGCAAAGAGAUAAACGUUGUGUCCUUGACCGGCUCAAAUCGGUGGAGGCCGAUUUGUCCGCCAUGAGUAUCGACAAGGAAUGGCUUGACCAGCAAUUAGAGAUAUCACAAACUGCAGUGGCAGAGUUUCGUGCGACCGGCAGCCCGAGUUCUGAUACUCCAAGGUCAAGAGAAGAACUGGAAGUAAGGAUGGAAGGGGUGAGGAAAGAAAGGGAGAGCCUUCAGGAGUUGAUACAGACAGCGGCUCAUUACGAAGAAAUGAUAAGAAACAUGGAUACUAACGGGGGAUAUAAGAACUCUAGAAGUGGACAUCACUCGCAUAGGUCUUACGGGAGAAGCGCGACUGAAGCGCAUAAAGUGGACGAAUCGACGAUACAGGACUUGGGGAACAAAAUGACAGAAGUAGAGGAAAGGUUACGCAAAGCCGUCUUAUCGCAGAAAUACCAACUUCAGACAGAAAGGGAGCAGCUCAUCCAAGAAUUUAAGACAAUGCAGAGGCAGUUAUUAGAAUAUCAGAAACACCAAGAGUUGCACAAAACAGACAUGGAGGCAAAGGAUACGUUGAUUCAAAGGUUGAAGACCGCAAAGGCGUCACUUGAGAGCGAAGUAGAAUCACUAAAGCGUGACUUGGUCUCCUGCCAAAACCAAAACCAGCGUUAUCAACAGGAAAAAAGUACAUUUGAACAUGAGUUGAAGUCCUCCAGAAAUCAAAUUGAUAGAAUGGAAUCUGAUUUGGUGAAUGAGAAGCGACAGAGAGAGCUAAUGCGGGCCAGGAUAGAGCAGUUUAGUUCGUCCAGUGCGAUGGAGAAAGAGGAGCUUUCGAAGCUGAAGAUGAGCUUACGUGAUCAGUCAUUCCAGGCGGAGACGUACGCCAAAGAGAAUAAAGCAAAGGAUAGUUUGAUCGCGCAGCUUCGUGAAAGACUUGUAUGGAGCGAAGAAGAGCUAGAGAAAAUGAAAGGCCAACUAAUGAACACAAGAAAUUUGGAGUCUGGCUUCGAUAGAGAAAGAGAAAACCUAAGUCGAAGUUUGGUCAGUGCUGAAAGACGGAUAAGUGAGUUAGAAUCGGCUUACCAACAAUGCUGUCAGACCAAAGAUGCACUACAAAGAGAAGUAAAGAACUACCAACAAACGUUUUCAAAGUUAAAGUCAAGUGAUGCGUCCAAUCAGCAAAGACAUAUGGGGUUGGAAAACGAGAUUUUAGUGCUGCGAAACAAGUGUUCCAAACUGGAAGCUAUGUAUGAAAGCUGCCAAAAGGAAAAGAUACAACUGCAGCAACAACUCAUGCCUGCGACCAUGAAAAAUUCCCAUCUGAAAAGUGCGUUUGACAGCAGCCAACAGCAGCAGCUACAGAUGCAAGAGGAAGUUCUUCUUUCACACAAGAAAGUCAGUGAAGCCGAAGCAAAGUUAGAAAGAAUCAAACAAGAAAAAAGUGAGAUCCAACGCGAGCUGAGUAGCAUCAAGAACACACUAAGCAAUACGGAGCAACAGUUACAGCGCGUCACCAAAGAAAAGGGAGAUAUUUCUGCUAGACUAGAAGACGCUAAUAGCAGGCUUUGGCAAUCAUCGGGAGAUAGCAGAAAAAUGGAGACCUACUGGCAGGAGUAUCAACAAAAGUACGAUUCACUUUAUUCUGAAGUCGACCGUAAGGAACGCACGGUUAAUGAGCUAAGAAAUGAAAAGGUCAACCUAGAACAAGAGGUCCAGAAAUUAAAACACGACUUUGAAAUCAUUAACAGUGACCUUAGAGCGUGCCAAAGAGAGAAGGAAAAGAUUGUUUAUGAGCUGACGAGUAAGAAACAGAGAGCGUCGGAAGCUGAAGAUAGCGUCACGCGCUUGCGCAGUGAGAGAGAAAAGCUUCAACACGAGUUGGUCGUGAUGAAAGAGAAUAAUACUCAAUGGAAAGACAUGUGUGAGAAAAUCCAACAGGAUAAAGAAAGGCUGCAGCAAGAAAUGAUUGAAUUGCAGCGCACCAUCUCCAGCUAUGAAGCAAACAAAACCAAUGUUAAAUGCGAUCGAAAUGCGGCCAAUAACAGUGAAGUUAUAUCCCUAAAAGCACGUGUGGAUCACCUCGAGAGUCAGUUGAGCUGCGCAAAAAGGACAGAAGAAGAUCUGAACAAUCGGUUAAGAGAAAGUCAAGGAAACAAACAAGAUCACAGGCUGGUGGAAAGGCAAUUGGAUGAAAAAAAUAGACAAAUUUCUUACUUGACCAAAGACCUUAAGGUCAAAGUACACUUAAUUGAACAGCUAAAAAAAGAAAGCAUUGGCCUUAGAACAGAACUUGAUGACGUGAACAGGACAACACUGGCUGCAAGUCCCAGGGAGGAUCGCAAACAUCGCGAGUUGGCCAUCUUAAAAGCUGAUCUCUCAGAACUUCGUCAAAAGGCGCAUGACUAUGACAACGACCGCGAAUCACUGAGGCAGAAAAAUAUGCAGUUACAGAAAGAGUUGCUUUCGAUACAAAGCAGGAAUAAAGAGUUAGAAAAGAGCUUCGAGAAGCUGAAGGAACGGGAGCAUAAAUUACAGCGAGAGACGGCAAUAAAUAAAGAUUACAUCUCUAAGUUGGAGUACGAGCUUAAAGAACACAAUGACAACAAGGUAAAGAUCCAGAGUGCCUUUGAAUCGUCUGAAGAAAUGAAAGAGGAGCUCUCGAAAGAGAUUCUAGAUGCAAGAAAGAAACUAUUCGAACUAGAAAGCCUUUACAGAAUUACAAAGAAUGAGAAUGAAACUGCAAAAGAAGUUGACAGACAGAAAAUCUUCAAACUGGAGAACCAGGUUGAAAAUCUCCAAAGACAGAAGACACAGCUUCAGCAGCAGUUAGAAGAAACGCGUGAGAACUUGAAAAUAAAUAUAGACGAAGCAUAUAAACUAAGAGAGCUCCUAGAUGAACGACAGAGGGAUUCAGAAGCGCAGCAAAAAGGUGUCCGCUCCAAUUCAAACCUCAUCGAGAAACUUCAGUCUGAAAAGAAUACAGUGACGAGAGAACUCGAAAUCAUUAAAAUAGAACUCACGGCAUCUUGUUCCGCUGUCCAGACUUAUAAGGAAGAGAAAACAAAUGUUGAGCAAGAGCUGCAGUCUGCACAAGAAAAGAUAAAUGAAUGGGAAAAUGCGUACAAGAUUCUACAAGAAGAACAAGAAAAUAUGCUGAGAGAACUGAAAACUGCUGAGCAAAGAUUCAAUAAUGUGGAGGGAGACUUCAAUUAUAAUCAAAAGAAAUUUGAUCAAGAGGUCCAUUCGAGUCAAAUGAAGAUAAUAAAGCUGGAAUCCCAGGUACAGAACAUCGUGAAGCAGAGGGAUUCCCUCAGGGAUCAACUCGAGGAUGUCAAAACCGAACUAAAAAGAAACAAAGUUGAUUACUGUUCAUUGCAGAAAGAAUUUAUUGAGCAUCAAAAGAGGUGUGAUAUCUACCGCAAUGAAUUGAUGUCAAAGACUCACGGACUCGAAAAGCUGGAAGCGGAGAAACAGUCUCUAGAGCGAAAAAUUGAACUUCUAAAGAACCAACUUGCAGCUACUGAGAUGAAGGAUGGUGCAUCAAAGCAACGCAAGGAUGAUCUCGAGAACGACCUGACCAACGCUAAAGAACGAUUGGCUGAACUUGAGCACAGCUUUGACCAAUUAAAACGCGAGAAAGAAGACACUCAAAGAGAGCUUCAUGGUGUGACAUGCAAGUUAAACGAGAUAGAAACUUCCUAUGGCAAAGCACAAGGCAGGAUAAAAGAAUUAGAGGCACACCUUAAUAAUGCGAGGAAGACUAUAACCGAGCUGGAAGAAGAAGUGUUUGCUUUAAGAAGCAGCGUCACUGAGCAUGAAGCAGUUUAUGGACACCAUUCUGGCAACUUUGAAGAUCUUGAGUACCAACUUGAAGUGACUCAACAGAGUAUGACGGAGUUGGAGUCAUCGUUUGACUUCAGUGAACGAGAAAAAGAUGACUUGAAACAACAGCUGCAGCAUGCAGAGAGGAAGAUCGCAGAACUCAAAACUUCUUUGCAAAAGAACGAAGAGGAAUAUGAUGAUUUAGAAAGGGAGUUGGAUUCCACAAAGGGCCGAGUUUCAAAGCUCGAACAGCAGCUUAGUAACGCGCAGAAACAAAAGACGCAGUACAAGGAGCAGCUUGAUGAGUCGAAAGCCAAGCUUGCGAAAACCAAAGACGACCUUUCCUCUUUACAGAGAGAAUUAUCUAACUACCAACGCAAUCUGGACAAUCUAAAGAAAAAUACGGGCACCAAAGAAAGUACCUUAGAAGAUCUCAGACACAAAUGCUCGAUUCUGGAGUCUACUUUGAGUCAAACCGAUGAUGCUCUUCAUCAGCAACAGACGCAAAACGAGCUGAUUGAACUUGAUAAACAAGCCUUGCAAGAAGAACUGCUGCAUACACAGCAGAAGAUACAAGAACUUGAUGUUGCUCUUCACAUCAGUGAAGAAGAAAAGAUACGCCUCGAGGAAGAGGUUCAGUUGUUCUACAAGCAGAUUUCUGAACUCCAAGCAAGCUACCACAUUUGUGAACAGGAAAAGCUGGAUGCGCAGAGACAGGUUUCAGUAUUGGAGCAAAAGGAGAUGAAGCUUAUCAUGCUCCUCGAACAAACCAAGAAGGAGAAAGAGAUAUUUGAAACAAAAGCACAAGAAACUGAAAACUCUAACAGAAAAAUUGUCGAGGAAUUACGUAUCAUUAAAGCGCGGGCACAAGAAUAUGAAACGUCUUGUUCAAAUGUGACCGGUACUUAUAAACUGCAAGAGAAUGUUGUGGAAGAAUGUAAGACUAAGAUUGCAGCACUGAGUUCAGAGAACGAGUUCUUAAACGCCCAGCUUGACUCAUUGAAGCAAAACCAUCACGAUCUUGAGAGUGAUAAGAAACGCCUCCAAGAAAAAAUACGAGACACUACUGAGGAACUUAUCAAGUUGAAACCUCUUCAUGAAGCAACCCAGAAGAAGAAAGAACAACUUGAGACAGAUAUGCAGAGUACUCGCAAGAAACUAGCCACCUUAGAGACAAGUGCCAAGAGAACAGAAGAAAAGUUGGAGAACGUAGAAAAGGAGUUGCAAGUAUGUAAAGAUAACAUUUCCAAGCUUGAAACUGAACUUGCUGCGGCUAAGAGAAGAGCGGACAGCCUAGAAGCUGACUACCAAACUGUAUCGGAUGAACUUGAAGAAGCAAGAAGUGACCUCAGAGAUGCCGAAGAGAGAAACGUUGCACUUGCUCUGCAGCAAGACAGGACAAACACUGACCAAAAGUCACAAGAGCAGCAAUCAUUUGAUCUUGAAAGAAAACUGGAUAAUCUUGAUGACGACAACGCGAACCUACGACAGCAUAAAGAACUUCUGGAAGACGAAAUAAUUGAAGUAAGAAACCAAGUUUCCAAGUUAGAGGCAACAGUCGAGACGUUAACGAGACAAAAGAGAGAAAUCAAAGACCAGCUUGAUAUAUCUAAAGACAGGAUCAUCCAGUUGAAAGAAGAGGGAUUGAAAACUGGUAGCCAGCUUUUGGAACAGCAAGGAAUGGCCGAGUCUCUUAAAAGGGCCAUCGAGAAGAAGACCAAAUUGAUCGAAGAGCAUCAGGAAACGAUCAGCGAUAUGGAAAAAGAAAUGGAAGUUUUAAAGAAAGAAAAAAUGAAUCUGCAGUUGUCCUGCGACGCUUUAAAGAACGAGAAAACGGAACAGGAGAACAAGAUUUUUGAAUAUGAAUCAAGAAUCGAAGAUUUCAAACAACAGGUUGUUGAGCUUACAGAAAUCCAUACCAAGCUCGAAGAGCAGACGACUUUCAAAGUUAGAGACCAAACGGUUGUGGAGACCGAGAUAAGGGCGCUACAAAGAGACCGCAGCCAACUGAAGACUGACUUAGAUGAUGCUUUGAUCAAGCUGGUAAAGGAGACUGAAGAUAAGACCCGUGCUCAAAAGCUACUGGAAGACUAUAAGAAUACCUCAGAGAAACUCGCAAGAGAUGUUCAAAAGAGAGAAGAAAUUAUUGCGACGCUGCGUGAAACCAACAUCAAGUUUGAAACAGAAUUGUCCAGUCUCAAAGAAGAAGUUAUGGAAGCACGAGAAACCUUCAAGGACACCGACACGAAAAAAUACGAGCUCUUGGACAAAGUCAAGACGUCCAAACUUACUAUAACAAAUCUAGAAGAAACUGUAAUGAGUCUAGAAAAGGAGCACCACUCUUUGACUUCCCAGCUGAAACUAAAAGAAACUAAAUGCAAUGAGCUUGAGAAAAAGUACAAGAAAUCUUAUCAAGCUGAGACUGAACUUAGAGAGGAGUUACGAAAUUGUACCUUCAAGAUGAAUGAGCUAGAUACUGAACAUGAGGUAUUUGUUCAGCAGCAGACCCACACGAGAAAAGAGGUUACAGUCCUAGAAAGGAAGAUAGUGGAACUAGAAGCGACGUACGAGAAGUGUGAUUUGGAGAGAAAAAGUUUAAGGCAAGAAGUUGUUAUUACAAAGAACAAAAUUGCAGAUUUGGAGCUUCGAUUGGAAUAUGAAAUUAGUGAGAAGAAUACCACUAAAGAGGAGCUGCAGCUGGCUACAUCAGAAAAUGAUAGCGGCAAAAGCACCAUCAACGAGCUUGAAAAAGCCAUUAUGGAUCUUAAGAUUCAUCUUGAAUCUACAAAGAAGGAUCUCGAAGACAAGGAUGAGAAGUUCAAACAGCUGAAGUCUCGAAAGAGUUUCCUUGAAGGGCAGCUUGAAGCGAUGAAACAAACCCUUUCUAUCAGUAAGGAGGAGUGCGAGAGACUUCAACAAGAACAAAGCGCCGUUCAACGUGAGAAAUUAACCCUGAGCAAAAAGAUAUCAGAGCUUGAAAAUAAGCUGGAGAAAGAAAAGCAUUUAAAGGAAAAGGUCAUGGAUGAGUUGAAAGUACACGAAAAUGAACUUCAAUCCCUUAAAAUACAACUGGAGGACUGCCUGUUUGAGAAAGAAAGGCUGAACCAAGGUCUAGAAGAGUACAGAACGACAGCGAUGAACUUCAAGAACGAAGUUGUUGCAUUGCAGAGGAAUGUUACCGAAGCUGAAGGACAGUGCGAAAUUUUACAAGAAGCACUCGAAGAUCGUGAUGCAACGAUAUCACAAUUAAAAGAAACGAGAGAAAUCUUGCAAAGUGACGUCAAUGAAAUGAAACUGGCUCUAAAAAGAAAAGACCAAGAGCUUGAGUCCCUGAGGGCUAAGAGAGAGGAACUUGAAAAUGCGCUCAAUUCUGCUUUGAACAAACUUACUGAGCUAGAAAGUACCUAUGAAAUGAGCAAGGCAUCUGGGAAGAGGUACGAAGAGGAGAUUACGUCAUUGCAUGAACGUAUCUUGAAAACUGAAGACAAACUACUCGAAAGUCAAGAGAAAGAAAUGACACUUAGACAAGAACAAGUUAUCAUCAAAGCACAGUUAACAAAGCUUGAGACGAGUUAUCAGUUCUUGUUGGAUAAGAAUACCGAAACAGAGAAAGAGCUGGAAAUUGUUCGAAUGGAGUUUGAUUCCACGCGUCGAAGUCAUGAUGAAGACGCUACUGAGCUUGAGAAUUUGAGGUGCGAAAUUACUGAAAGUAAAAAUAAGAUGUUCAAGCUUGAAACGCAUGUCGAGAAACUGGAAAAAGAUAAGCUAGGGAUUGAAAAACGUUACGAAGAAGUUUCAGUCAAGGCAAACAAGUACGACAAUGAAGUGUUACCAAUGGAGCGUAAAGUGAAAGAACUUGAAGUCCAAAAUGAUUCCCAGAUGAAAGAGCUUGAGAGUAAAAAAGAAAUCAUAGAAUCGUUAACAGACGAGAAAGAUAACCUUGAGAACACGGUCUGGGAUGUUCAGAGUCAACUUACGAAUGCGCAAUUAAGUCUGGAAACACUAAAGAAAGCAAAAGAGGCAAUGGAGAAAGAUCUGUUUGAUUCCAUGAAGCAAUGCGCUGACUUUGAACUUCGACACGAAACGACCAAACAAGAAAACGAAGAAAUUCAGAAAGAGCUUAUAGAGGGACAAGCAAAAUUGAACCGACUUGAAGACGAAUUAAAAAGAACUGUGAAAGAGCUAGCAGAUGUAAAGAAUGAGAAACAAGACCUGAAAGCAAAAGCUUCUCAUAGCAGAGACGAGGUGAAUCGCUUGGAGCGUGAGUUAGCUGAGAAGAACUCAGAAUUUACAAGGUUGAAACGUGAUCUUGAAAGAACAGAGGAGCUUUUGGCGACCGUUCAACUUCAAAACGAGGAAAUGGAAAAAGAACUCGAAAACACGAACAAAUUGUACGAGGACGAAGAGGGUAAACUAGCUGAUGUAGAGGGGAAACUGUCAAGGGCUCAUUCAGAGUUGGAUGAAAAGGAUCAAAGAUUGUCUGACUUGGAGCAAACUUACAAGAUGUGUCUAGAAGAAGGUAGAAUCUUGAAGCAGGAUAUCAUGAGCUGCAGAGAAAAGGUUGGAGAAAUCAAAGCAAGUUAUCAAGAAUCCCUAAAUGAAAGCAAUAAUCUGCGACAAGAACUUGCUUUUGCCAAUCAACAAAUAUCCCAUGUUCAAUCAAGGAAUGAAAGCCUUUCUAAAGAAAAAGACAAUCUUAAGAGAAAUUAUAAUGAUCUGAAAAGUGAGAAGAAUGAGCUGCAGGCGGCUUGCGAUAGCUUGCAACGGGACAAGGCAAGACUCGAGACGGAGAACCAACAACAGCAACGUCAAUUAAAUGAUCUUCAGAACAACAUGGAUAAACUUAAUAAAGAGAAGAAAAACACUAAUGGUGACUUGUUGGACAUCAAGAACGAGCUCUCAAGUCUUCAGUCUUCACAUGAGGACCUAAAGAAGCAAUAUGAUACCAAAGACAGAAAUAACAAGGAGCUGGAAAAGAAAUACAUCAAACUUGAGCUGGAGCAUAGUGAAUGCUUUAGAACCAAGAACUUGAUGCAAACCAAAAUAAAUGGGCUGGAAAGAAAAACAACAGAUCUGGAACAGAGUGUAGCGUGCUUAAAUGAAAGAGUUAAAAAUCAGCAGAAUGAUAUGCUGGACACUUCGAAGAAGGUGUCAAGUCUGGAUCAAGAAUUAACAGCAGCACGCAACAAGGUGGUCAGACUAGAAGCCUUCGAUGAGACAAAUAAAGAAAAGAACAAGCGCCUCUCUGAUGAGUUGAUAAAGGUUGAACAAAAUGCUGCAGACCUUGAGCAAGCUUUGACAAGUCUGCAAGAAAAACAACCUCGAUUGCAAAAGGAACUGUUGGACGCAACCAAGAAGGCUACCGAGUUUGAAAUGGCUUUGAAUGCCUCUCACGCACUAAAGACCCAGCAACAACAGGAUCUUAACAAUGCCAAGAGCAAAUGUAUCACUUUACAAAGUGACUUGCAGAAGGCCCUGAAGGAAAAAACAAAUCUAGAGAGCCAGCUUGAAGACACAAAAAGCAAGCUAGAAAACCUUAAGCUUGAUAGCACCCAGAGUCAAAGACAGCUUGUGACACUGAAGCACGACGUCGAAAUUUACAAAACAGAAAGCAAUGAAAAACAACUGUUAAUUGAUGCAUUUGAAGUAGAAAAGUCGGUCAUUGAGAAUGACUUCAAAGACACCAGAAAUGCUCUCACGACCACCAAGCUGGACCUAGAGGAAAUGAAGAGGUUAAAUGAUGACUUGAAGUCUGAUUUCAGUGACAUUCAACAACAAGUUAAUGAUCUGAAAUCUCUUAAUGAGACGCUGAAAAACCAAAACGAACAGUUACUGGAAGAAAAGACGGUUGCUGAGACAAAUUACAAAGAAUCGAAGUACCUUUUAGAUACGAUGCAACAGGAAAAAGAAACAUUGAACGCGGAGUUGGUAGAAGCAACGGAAAAUAAUGAAGUCGUUGCUCAGCUCAACACUGUGACAGAAGAAAAAGAUAAUUUGAGGAAUGUAUUAGAAACAUUGACUGAAGAACUGGAAUCCUUGAAAACAGCUUAUGAAGAUCUUACCAUAGAAAAGGGCCAGCUUGAAGAUCAACUUAGUUCGACUUUAGAAGAGGUGGAUGAUUGUCGUGAUAAGAAUCAAAAUCUACGCGCUGAAAACACCAAGGUAACUUAUGAGUUAGAAUAUGUUAAAAAAAAGCUGGAGAAUUUGGAGCAAUCGAGCAAGGACGUUAAUUCUGAGAAAGAAAAAUAUCAAGAAAAGACUAACGAGUUGGAACGAAGACAUGCACAACUAGAAGCUGACUACGAGUUCAGCCAGGCAAAAAUGAAUGAUCUGCAAAAAGACCUUUCGUUUGCUGAAGACAAGGUGAAGUUUCUUGAUGCAACGGUGGCUCGAAGCAAAGCAAGAGAGGAAGAGCUUGAGAGUGAGAACCUUGAGAACCACAAGAAGGCCUCAACGAUGGAAUACGAGCUGCAGUCUUCACGCGAAAUUCUUGAUAACCUUCGUUCCGAGUUCGCAAAUUCAGAGAAGGAGAAUUCUGAUCUGCGCAACGAAGUACUUGAUGCCCAACGAAAAAUCCACGACUUGGAAUCACAGCUCGAAGACGCUAACGAAAAAAUACGAAGCCUUCAAGGAAAAUUGGUCCAAUCCCAAGAUUUUAUUUCUGCACCUGUUGAAGCGGUGAUGCUAGGAGAUGGUAUUGACAAUACAGAUAAAACAGGCAACGCUGACACCAAAGACAAACCUAAUGAAACUGCAGCGCUGAGAUCUAGGAUUUCGACACUGGAAUUUGAGCUUGAUGGCGCAAAUAAAGAAAGAGAUAGCCUUUCUUCGUAUCUGGAGGAACUAAAGAACGCAAAAGAUGCUGAUCGAGAUGACGUGAACAACAUGAGACGAAAGGUUCAAGAACUAGACAUGCAAUGUGAGCAAUUUAGAAGAGGACUGACGGAAAAGACAGAACAAAUCGAAGAGUUAAGAAAACAAAAGUCAUCUCUAGUUUACGAGGUCGAGACUUUGAAGAACGAAAAUCUGAACAAAGACAAGAUCAAUGAAGAUACUACACUUGAGAAUGAGAAGUUCAAGAAUGAUUUCGACAACCUAACGAAUCAGAUAAGCCAGCUUGAAGAGAAGUUAGAAGCAAGUGAGAAAGAGAACGAAAGGAUACGAAAUGAAUCUAUUUCGACACACAAUUACUUGUGCAAGAUAAAGGACGACAAAAAUGACGUUGAAAGUAAUAAUGGAUUGCUACAUCAUGAGCUACAAGUUGCCCAAAAGAGGCUCUCCGAAACCGAGCUACUGCUUCAGGGACUGAAACGACAGAACGAAGCUCUCAAGAAGGAAUCGAAGAAUGAAAACGAUUUUGAAAUUAGAAAACUCAAACAAGAAGUUGAAAAGUUUGAGCGUUUGUACAAAGUCAGUGAUAGUGAAAAAACUAAACUGAAAAAUGAACUCAUGGAAUUAAGUACUAAGAACAGAACUGUGCAAACUGAGAAGAGAUCUCUGGAGAAUGAAUUGACGACGUUGAGGAAGAGAAUAACAGAAUCCGAGAAGAGCUACGAGAGAAGGGAAGAGAAAGAGACAGUUUUGCAGAAUGAAAUUAUCGAAAUACAGCGCAAAUACUCCAAGAUGGAAUCCAUGUAUUACGAGAGUCAGGAAGAGGAGCGUACACUCAGAAGGAAAGCCGACUACGCUGACAACAGAAUCCAAAGUCUGACUGAAGAACUCGAAGAAAAAAAUCUGAAACUAGAAGAACUGACGCGAGAAUGGGAAAGUAAACAGUACGACGAUGAAAUUGACAAACUAAGACUCGAAAUGGAUAAUCUCUUACUAGAGAAAACAGAACUUGACGAACAGCUAAUACUAGCUAAAGGGGAAGUGGAAUAUUUCAGAAACAAGAUGGAUGACGUUGAGGAAGAGACAAGCCUAUGGGAAGAAGAGCGUGAGAAAUUGAAGGCGGAUGCGAAGGAGGCAAGGAGAGAAAACAGCGAGGCUAAGAGAGAGAACCGACGUCUUGAAGAAGAGCUGAGGAACGCUAAUAGAGAAAUUGAACGAAUUAAUCGUUUGUUGAGAGAAAAAGAAAAUGAAAAACAAAAAAUGGAGCGCGAGAAACAGAGACUUUUGGACGAUAUCAGUACUGCAAAGGAUGAUAACCAGGCCAGGAAUGAGAAGUAUAGGUCUCUAAAGAACGAGCUUGAUAUGAUGACUGAGAAAAACAACCAGAUCAAUGAAGAAAAUCAAAGGCUUCGUCGUGAAAAGGAUGAUUGUGUCCUGGAACUAUCAGUAUUGAAAGACAAGUACUCGCAACUGGUCCAAGAACAGUGGAGAUUCAGAUCAGAGCAGGAUGACUUUACCAGAACUAAACAAACACUGGAAUACGAACUUGAGAGUUGUAAGUCAAAGCUUCGAAGUAAAGACGAAGAACUAUCAGUAUUGAAAGACAAGUACUCGCAACUGGACCAAGAACAGUGGAGAUUCAGAUCAGAGCAGGAUGACUUCACCAAAACUAAGCAAACACUGCAAUACGAACUUGAGAGUUGUAAGUCAAAGCUUCGAAGUAAAGACGAAGAACUAUCAGUGUUGAAAGACAAGUACUCGCAACUGGACCAAGAACAGCGGAGAUUCAGAUCAGAGCAGGAUGACUUUACCAGAACUAAACAAACACUGGAAUACGAACUUGAGAGUUGUAAGUCAAAGCUUCGUAGUAAAGACGAAGAACUAUCAGUAUUGAAAGACAAGUACUCGCAACUGGACCAAGAACAGCGGAGAUUCAGAUCAGAGCAGGAUGACUUCACCAAAACUAAACAAACACUGCAAUACGAACUUGAGGAUUGUAAGUCAAAGCUUCGUAGUAAAGACAAGGACAUAAAGUUGUUGGAAACGGAGAAGACUAAGGCUGUACAAGAAAAGCACAAGUAUGAGUACGAGUUGAGGGUUGUCCGUGAGAAUAUGCAGAUAAUCGAGAAAGAGUCAACAAAUGUACAAAUACAGAAAGAACAAUACGAAAACGCGCAGAAGGAGCUGCAGCACGCUAGCACAUCAGAGCUACGACUGAAGAUAUCUGAGAUUCACAGACUGGAACAUAGGGUUGAAAGCUUGGAGAACGAAAUUGAAAGUCUGCAGAAUGACUUGGUGCUUAGCCAUACGGCGUAUAAGGAAUUGAAAGAGAGGUGUAGCUUAGUUGAAGUGACUGAGAAGAGAGAUUAUAUGGAAGUGGAAGAGGUGAGAAAAACCACGUCUCUUACCUUGGACAUACAACCUCGUGCUAGGCAAACCACUGUUAUGGAUAUUGAUGUACAGCCACGUGACUAUGAGACAACAAGACUCGAUGGCUGCGUGUACACUGAAUCACGUGAUUACGAAGCGAGGGUCAUUAACGUCAGUGUACAACCGAGUGAUUAUGAGAUUAAGAGAGACACGAACAACAAUGUGAUACCACGUAGUUAUGACAGAAAGACGAGAGUCAUGGACUUCAAUAGUCCAUCCAAUGACUACGAAGAUGUAAUAGAAGCCAUUGCUUAUGAGGCAACUCCUGAGCCCCCGUAUAGUAGUAAAACAUCCCACUCUGAACCACAGGGUUAUGGUGGCAGAAGGUACGGUAAAGCAAAAGAUACACCAUUCCAACCUAAAGAGUUUAUAAUAGCUGAACCACUGGAGACGAGCAAACUAGAGAUCGAGGUGGAAGGUAAAGAAAUUGAAUCCCCACGAGCCGUGACGACCAUCAAAGUACCAAGUGUCCAAACCUAUGUACCCAUAGCUGUCACGCUGGAAGAAGAUGAAGAUGGCGAGUAUGAAGUCACUGAUAUCGAAAGCUCACCAAGGAGAAGAUGGAAAUACCAUCGACAAUUUCCCACAAUGGCGAGACCAAAGAGUGUAACGGAAAGAGAGCUUAUCCAAGAACAGUUAAGCGAGGCCAAAAAGACUCUGAACAGGCUGAGGCAGAUCAGUGACUCGCCUGAGAGAAACGGCGAAGUUAAUGCCGAAUGGAAAGGUAAUUCAUCACAAGAUCCUAACACAUCAGUAAACUCAAGUAACUACUUUCCAGUCGGAGAUACGCGAAGCAGUUCGCGUUCAGACGACGUAACAUCGCCGUCUGGGAGCAGGCAACAUUAUCCAUUGCGAAUUUCUACUGCAGCGAGAGAUAAUUUAGUUCAAGCACUAGGCUAUCAAGUGUCGCAACUGGAAGAUGAUUUGAAGGCCUCAUUACUAUCUUAUUUUGAGCAAGUUGAACGGCAGAAAGAGGAUUUAAUUAAUAGCUUUAAUAUCAUGCAACAACAAUUGCUUCGACAUCAACAAAUGUGUCAUGAGCAGACACAGGAAGCGGCAGAGAAGGAUACUAUUAUACAAGAUUUGAAAAAAUCGAAGCGACAGCUCGAACAGGAGGUAGAGCGACUGAGGACCGAAAAUGAGAGAUACGCAUUGGAAAACUCGAGCUUCUUAAACGGGUUUGAUUCCUCGAUGGACUCUCUAUCGGAUAGUUUAAACUUUGCUCCAAGUUCGCAAAACUCGGGAUAUUCUAGCGAAAAAUCUGACGUUAGUGAGAAACUAAUGCAGGAAAAUGCUUUACUUCGAGGACUUUUGAGACAGCAAGAGAAUCUUGAUUCUUCGAGGUUGGAAAGAAAGGUUGAUUUGCAGCAGAAGCUGUGCCAUUCGUAUGACAAGGAUUUGGCAUCCAAGGAUAUGCUUAUCAAACGAUUAAAAGCAGAAAAUAAGGGUCUGCAAAGUGAUAUGCAGUCGAUGCAAGAUGAAGUUUUGAAAGUAAAUGCGAGUCGCUUGAAUGCAGAAAAAGAGAAAACAAGCUUGCAGCAAGAAAUUCAGUUUAAAAAUGAACAAUUCCUGGCCUUACGAGGGAAAUUGGCUGAAGCUUUGGAGGAAAGAGAUGAAUUGAAUAACUAUAUACUACAAGUAAAUCCAAGUGCUAAUGACGGCGAUAGAAAUUUUCCAAACUGUGAACCUGAGAUUUCCCAACUUCGACAUAAAUGCAAUACCUAUAAAGAUAAAUUAGGCGAUAAAGAAAAGUUCAUUAAUUCGAUGAAGAAAGAUAACCAAGACAUGGCUAUGACACUCGAGACGCUAAAGAGAGAUUUAACUGCUGCAAAAAACGAGGCUCAAAGAAUGAAACGAGAAAAUGAACGCUUGCAGAGAGAGAAUGCUGAUAGAGAUAUCGACAGACUUUCUACGGAAAGCACCACAAAGGCAAGCCAUUCUACGAUAGCUCGUUUAAAGAAUAAGAUAUCAGACUUGGAAGAUGAAAUAAGGAAAUUACAACGUAAAUGCCAAGAUGCAGAGAGGAGAGAGGCAGCGCUGAGUCAAGAUGUGUUAGCAAACGUAGAAAAACUUACACACGCUGAACGAGAACUUUAUGCAACUAAAAAAGAGCUGGUUCAGGUUCGUGGACUUUACGAAUCAACCGAAAAGAGGAAAAAAGAGCUGCAGAAUGAGGCCGUUGCUGCACGGGAAAAGAUAAUUCGGCUUGAGAAGGAACUUCGGCUUGCAAGAGAUUCAGGGAACCUGGGAAAUAAUCGUGUAGAUCCUGAAGAAUUGGAAAGUGAGAACAGAGAAUUAAAUGGUGAAGUUUCACGACUAAAUGAUGCCUUGAGUUCAAGCAGGUCAGAAUUAAAUGAAUUAGAAAAUGCUAUUGAAAGUUCGCGUGAACAAAUUUCUAUUCAAAAAGUGAGAUUAGAUGGCAAUGAAACGAUGAUUAUGAGGAAAGAUGAGCGAAUCAAAGAGCUCCAAGAGGAAUUAGUGGAACUGCACAAUCAAAAUGAUGCUCUCACGGAUGAAAUUCUACGGAAGAAUCGAGAAAUAGAAAGCAUCAAGAUGGGAAAACUCCUGGCUGAACAAGAAAAAGAAUUAUUAAAAACUGGAAAAAUGCCAGUGAGAAGUUUAAAUAAAGAUGCGACGUCAUUCCCUUGCGUUGAACCAUCUACACCAGACAGUGGUUUCUGUGAGACCGUUGGACAGACACGUUGGAGAGACCGUGACGUCGCAGGCAAUAGCCGCCAUUCUGCAGAAGAAUCGAGAAAUGAAGAAGAUGGAAGACCAAAUGAAAGGUAUAAGGAGACAAAAUUGCAGCAAAGGGUAUCUGAAUUAAUGGAAGAAAACGUCAAGCUAAAAGAGCAAGAAGCUGAGAUGAAUGAUAUUUUGAGUGACAAGGAGGAAAGACUUGCAGACUUGCAAGUACAGUGCCAACAAAUGAAAGAAAGGGAAACAGUCUUGAAGGAAGAGUUUGAAGGAAAAGAAAAUGAUUUAAUGAAAGCUUUGGAUGAUGUUAAGCUUGAGGUGUCUGACCUGCAGGAUGAAAACUCAAGGUUGAGGGAAAAGGAGAGGUCUCUGGAGGAAGCGCUGAAAUAUGGGAAAGUUCAAAAAGAUAAGACUCAAAAUCAAGAAGUGUUGUUACUCGAUCAACUCGAUGCUCUCGAGUCAUCGCCGGUGAUGGACCCCUGGGAGCUUGAUGCACGAGCGAACGAGCCAGCAAUUGGCUUAUUUCAACAAGAGCAGGUUCAAUCCUUGGAAGCAGGAGUAAAUGGAGAGCUUUUGGACUUUAGUGGGCUUCUUGUAAGGACCUCAGAAUCAGAGCUGCAAAAUGCACCCAAUAAUAACAUCGCGAGCAGUGAGAUAAUUAAAGAAAAUGAAAACUUGAAAAAUGAGAUUGAAAGUUAUCAGGUUCAGCUUAAAGAUUUAAGUAAUGAGAAUAAGGGGUUGAAAGAUGAGUUGGAAAAAACUCGUGAACUGAUGAAGAAGAAACAGAAAGAAUACGAGGAUGCAAAGGGAGGGAAGGAAGAGCUAAAGAAGAACUUACGCCAAGAGACUACAGCCAAAGAAGCCAAGAUCUGUGAGCUACAAAAAGAGUUAAAAGCCACGAAUAAGACAUGCAACGAUCUUAAAUCUCAAGUGGAAAAGCUGAAAGCAAAUGCUGCAGAGAAUGAAAAGGAAUUAAGAAAUGCUCAAAAGAAAUGCGCUGAGUUAGAAAACAAAGGUGCUGUUAGCAAAAAGGCACUCGAAGAGAUGGUGGAGAGAGCAAAAGAGGACGAGGCUAAUAUCCUGUCUGAACUAGGCCAGGCAAAGACCAAAAUAAAGAAUUUGGAGAACGAAAUAAAAGAACUUCAACAUGAAGAAACGCAAUCAGGAAAUGAACGCAGGGAACUCCUAAGAGCAAAAAGAAACUUAGAGGAGCAUAUACAAUCUCUUGAAAAGGAAAAAUCAAAGUUGGGAAAGAAAAUGAAAGAACUGCAUAAUGAAAAAGAUGAGAUUGCGCAAAAAUGGGAAGAGGCGAAGCGUGCUAUAAAAGAAACGAAAGGUGAGCAGAGAAAACUUCAAGACGAGAAAGAAGACUUGGAAUUUGAAAUGAGCGAAAUGUUAAAACAGAAGAAUCGAGAAAUCAAGAAUCUAAUAGAAGAUUUAGAUAAUUCUGAGCAAAAAUGUGAAGAUUUGAAGUCUUCUUGGGAUAAUUAUGAAGUGAUGAGUUCAGAUUUGAAAGGCGAGUUGCUGAAAAUCAAAGAAGAAUGCAUUGAUUUGACAAAUAAAAACGAAAGAUUGUACGACUUUAAAAAAGAACUUGUCAAAGACCUCGAAGCUAAGGACAAAAUAGUUGAACAUUUGAAAAGUGAAAAUGAUGAACUACAAAAUAUAAUCAAUAAUGAUGAAAAGAACGUUGAGAAGAUGCGAGAGAAAAUAAAAGAGCUCCAAGAGGAGAAUGAGGAACUGAAAGACGAGAGUGAUGAACUGAGAAAAACAGUUGAUCAGUCAAAUAAAGAACAAAAUGAAGUUGAUAAAUUUGUACAUAAGCUGCAAGAAGAUAAAGAGAAUGCUGAAAAUCAGUGGCAAGCAGCGCAGAAAAGCAUCUCUGACUUGGAGAAAGCGUUUGGAAAAAAAGAAACUGAAAAUACACUUUUGAAAGAAAAGCUAAACAAGGCAGACAGGAAGAUAUCAGAGCUGCAAAAAAGAGAUGACACUGCACAGAACGAGCUAAUGGAAGCAGAGAAACGAACUAAGUCUGCUGAGAAAAAGGUUAAAGAGUUAAACAGCGAGUUGCAGAAGAGCAAGGAAGAUAUAAAUUACUUGGAAAAUAAACAAACAAAAAUGGAAAGCACGAUCGCGGCAUUGGAGGAAGAUCACUCGAAAGCUGAGGAACAACAAAAGAUACUUCAGCGAAAACUACUAGAAGCAACGAACCGACUAAAUGACUUGGAAACUCAAGACACUGAAUACUCAGAAAGACAGAAAAACAACGACAAGAGACUUGCUGAUCUUAGACAAUAUAAUGAAGAGUUAGAAGCCGAGAGAGAUGACUUGGAAUACAAAGUAAAGGAUCUUAAAAAGAAACUUGAUAAAGAAAAAAAGAGGGUGGAUGCUUUAGAAGAUGAGUUAGCAGCAAAGAAAAUGGAAAGAGAUGGUGCAGUACAAGAGCUGGGGCUGUUAAAGAGUAGCUUGUCUGAGACAGAGUUUGAACAAAAUGCACAUCUAAAUGAAAAGGAGAAACUCAAAAAAGAUUUCCUUGAAUCUUCAAAGAAGAUCAUUGAUCUGGAAGUGGAUAUCGAGUCGCAAAAGGAACAGAUUGAAGAACUGGAAAAGUUACUGGAUCAAAAACGAGCCACGGUUCUAGACAUGGAGGACGACUUGAAAGAGUCAACAGAAUCGCUUGCACGACUACAGACCCAGCAUGAGGAAGAUGCACGGAUGCUGAAGAGUCUCAAAGAGGACAAUACAAACCUCGAAAAGAUGUUAGAAAAGCAGAAGCAGUUAAGUGAAGGAUAUAAGAAUAGUUUGGCCCAGAAAGAAGCCGAGAUAGCAAAGUUAACGUUCGAUCUCGACGAUGCUAAGGAUGAAUUGCAGCGGUUGAAGAAGGACUUGGCAAGAAAAGAAGGAGUCAAUAACGCUAAUCAAGAAGAACUAGAAGAAGCAGAGAAACAUCUAGCAAGCACAAGCAAGAAACUCCAAGAGACAAAAAACGCUAAUGACAAGGUACUGAAUGAAAAUGAGAGGCUACAAAAAGAUCUGGAAAAUGCAAGAAAGAGGCUAGCAGAAAUGGAAGGAAAUGGAAUGCAAAUUGAGCCGAACUUUGUAAGUGUUCUGGAGGUAGAUCCAUUAUUUUCACGGAAAAGUAGCGCGCCAUCUAUCGGGCUGAACUCAGCGGAUGGCAGGAUCAAAACACUGGAUGAUAAACUGACCAAAGCACAGACUAAAGUGACUGACUUGGAAAACGAGCUCUCAAAGGAAAUUAGGCGACAUGAGAUAGACUGCAUCAAAACCAGGCCAACCCUUCCAUACUCAGCGAAAAGAUCGGGUUAUUACGAUGUAAGCGGGAUGAACAAUAAAUACGGGAUUAGGAGAUCUGAUUCAGGUGAUUCUGAAUUAAGUGGUAGCGUAGACGAUUUCUUGGUUAAAAACCGUGGCACUUCCCGAAAGAGGUCCGUGGAUUCGACCGAUGGGAGCCUGGACAGAGGAAGUGACUUUGACUCCAAAGGGAGCGAAAAAAGUAUAAAAGCAAUGAGCUCAAACACUCCUCAGACUCCAACUUCUCCUGUAUUCAGCUUUGAUCUGCCGACGAACUCUAAAAAUCAGAGGAUUGGAAACCUAGAGCCCACCGCCUCAAAACAACCAAACGAAAGCUUCUCGGAAACCCCAAGCAGAGACCAAGAAGCCAAUGAAGACGUUUCGUUUGACCACAGCAUUGGUAACCUGAACGAGUUGAUCUCAGAGAUCAAUGAAGCAGAGAAGCAAGACCCAUUUCUGCAUAAAUUCUUGCUUGAUCAGACCAGGCCUGAUGGCACGAGUUCGCCCCGACAAAACGACAGUUUUGAUAUCAUACAACCAACAUAUACAUCGAAAACACGUAAUGAUGCAUUAUUUCAAGAGUCAAAUGUUGAUAGAGCUAGUGUAGUCAUAGCGCCACCGUCAGAGCAUUUAUUAGACUUUAGCGGGUUUGAGACCGCGUCAGAUGUAACGAGCGCUACUGACGUCACAGAAGUGUCCGAAGCAAUCCAAAGCCAGAACCAGUUCCUAUUGGACUUUGAUCCCUUCAGUAACAGUAAAGAAAAGCAAACCAAUAACGACGGAAAGGAUACAAAAAGGAGUUCUGCAAACAAUAUAGGAAGGAAUAGCUAUGAUUUUGUAAACGAAGAGCCAGGUGUAUUUGACAGUAAUUCACCUCGUGACGUCACUGAUAACUAUUCAACACCGUUUGAUAUUCCAAAUUGGGAUGAGGAGAGCAAUUCAAGUUUUGAAGCUGAAAGUGCGACGGAUUUGUUUGAUGAUACAGCAAUUGAAAUGGAUAAACCGGUUCUUAUCUUGAUCAACGAUAAGAAAUACGACGACGGCAAGGAGACUGGCUUGACUGAAGACAACGAUAAGGAAAAAGAAGUCGUUCAGUUGGAGAAAGAUUCGAAGAUUGUCCCUGUUGCUGAAAACAAGGUUGAGCCUAUAGAUACAUUCACAAGCGAAUCUGGUUUUGAUUUUAAAGAACAAGAUGAUUUCUCAAUACCCGAUUCUAAAUGGGUCCCGAGCAAAGGCGAGCAAAAGGCCCGAGAGAAAGGUUUUUCAGAAAUCCAGGUCGAUAUUGCACUUGAGGACAGCUCCAGAGAGUCUUUAGAAUCACCCGAGCCAUCAUCAUCACGCAAGCCUUUACAAGACCAAGGACACUUAGUGAAAGAUUUCGUACGUUUGUCAGAAGAAAACGAGAAAAAGAAACGCAGCCCCACAGAAAGGCACAAAACCGAGAGCUACAAGAAACAACAGCAAUUUGAACGCGAUAACCCAGAUAUUCUACAGGCUAACCAACCAGAAAGAUCCUACCAAAAAAUUGAUAGGGACUCUGACGAUGAUGAGCCCGUUUCUAGAAGACCAAGCGAUAUUAUAAAGCAACUUGAGCAGGCGUCAUUCAGUGUUGGAAAACCAGGUACGCGACCACCUCGACCUAAGCGAGCGCAGAAUAAGAAUGCAGACUUGAAGAGCGCGACUGGGAACGACGCUAUAGAAAGCGAGGCUGACACAAAGCCAGAGCCCAAACCAAGAAGUCAAGGAAUAAUUGGUAGGGAACAAGGGCGUGGCGGCGAGGGGCGUCCCCAAGAACAGCGACCAGAACCGAAACAGAGAACCAUAAUGCCUGAGAAAGUACAACCUGAAGAAGAYUUUACAGAAAACAGGACGGACGAAGAUGAGGACAGACAAACAGCGAUAGGAAGACAAAAGAUUAUGAGUCUGAUUGCUGCUUUUGAAGGGAAAGAAGUUUGAAUUUAAAAACGAUUUUUAUCUUAUUUUACAGAAAGUAUUAAUUCAUUAACGCUGGGCAACACACAGGAUCAAAAGAUCAAAAGAUUUACUGAAAAAGAAUUUGAAUAACCAUUUAUUUUAAAUGCCAAAUAAACUUUACAACAGGGCCCAGUUGUACGAAGGAUGGAUAGCUCUAUCUGGAUAAUACUUAUCCAGUGGAUAAAGGGAUACUAUUAUCCAAUAAAUUUAUCCACUGGAUAAGAUUUAUCCAUGGGAUAGCACAAUCCACCCUUCGUACAAUUGGAUCCAGAUGUGCAUCUUGCGAAACACAAUUUAUGUGCAGCACUUUAUGCAACAGACAAAACUCAAUUACACUCUAACAUUAAUACAUAGGCAUCCCAAAACCCAAUGUACACAGUCGAUAUUUAGUUUGUAGAAAAGAUAGAAAAGUAAGACUUGCAAUAUAUAUUAGUUAUCAGAUUUUACAAAUGGUCUGUUACAUGUAUGGUUUGUUAACUUUUAAAAGGUGUGAAUAAGUUUAGAUUUAUAAAGUUCCCAUUCAUAUGGAUAUUUAAAUAAAGCUAUUUAAGGAGUA